AAUGAAUUGACAUAUUGGUGCUUUGGGUUUAAAAGUUGGGCUUGAUCCAAUUUUGGAAGCCCAUGUCGCCUAAUCUUCAUUUUGUACAACUUAUUAAUUAGUCAGGGUUUUGCAAAUUUAAUUUGUGUGCUAGCAAGCAUUUGAUGAAUGAAGCAAGGCCCAUCCCAGAGAAAAAGAGAAAAUGAGCCUAAAAUGCACAAUGUAAGGGGACACGUGUGUGAGUGAGGCUGUGAGCGUAAGAGAGUGCACAAGGUCAGAAGCCACUGUGUAAGAGUGAGAGAAUGGAAGCAAGCAUGUUUCAAUGCAGUUACCCAGAAAAUUUUCUGGCUUGACAAACCUCUUGUUCAAUGGAAGAAAUGUAGAUACAGUGGUAAACAAGCGCAAACGUCUAAGACCUGGAAAAAUUUCACCUCAGCGCCCUGUUCCAGAUCAUAUACCAAGGCCUCCUUAUGUCAAAUCUAAAAAAUCGCCUGGAAUUGCGAGUGGACCUGAAGUGCAUGAUGAGAAAGGGAUAGAAUGCAUGAGAGCCUCUGGAAGGCUAGCAGCACAGGUUCUUGAAUAUGCUGGAACUUUGGUCAAGCCAGGCACAAAGACAGAUGAAAUUGACCAAGCUGUUCACCAAAUGAUAAUUGAUAACGGGGCCUACCCUUCACCACUUGGCUAUGGUGGGUUUCCAAAGAGCGUAUGCACAUCAGUGAAUGAAUGUAUUUGCCAUGGAAUACCAGAUUCCCGAGCACUUGAGGAUGGUGAUAUAGUUAAUAUUGAUGUUACGGUCUAUUUAAAUGGGUAUCAUGGUGAUACAUCAACAACCUUCUUUUGUGGAGAUGUUGAUAAUGAGGCAAGAAAGUUAGUUCAGGUAACUAAAGAAUGUCUCGACAAGGCAAUCUCAAUAUGCGCGCCAGGAGUGGAGUAUAAGAAAAUUGGCAAAACAAUCCAAGACCAUGCAGAUAAAAACCGCUAUGGUGUUGUUCGACAGUUCGUUGGUCAUGGAGUUGGACGCGUCUUUCAUGCCGAUCCAGUUAUUCUACACUUCAGGAACAAUGAUAGUGGACGCAUGUUAUUAAACCAAACCUUCACAAUAGAACCGAUGCUGACAAUGGGUAGCUAUAAUGCUGUAAUGUGGGACGAUAACUGGACGGUAGUCACAGAAGAUGGAAGCUUGUCAGCGCAGUUCGAACAUACCAUUUUAAUAACCGAGGAUGGGGCUGAGAUACUAACUCAGUGUUAGCGGUGGCGCAAGACCUUAUACGAGAGAACCUAUAGAUAAUUCUGGGGAUUAUACUCGAUUGGAUCUGCAUCUUCCAAGUAAAAAUUUCUAUAUUGUAAGUGCUAAUAUUAUUUCGCUUUUACGGUUAUAUUAGGUGAUUCCUACUUCUACACAUACCAAAUAUAUUAACAUUGUUUCUCAUAAGUGUAGUGUGUUAUACAAGAAGCUGCUUUACAUGGUCUUUACACGUUUGAUUGUUUCUUUCAUACAGUGACAUGUAAUUAUCAACAUGAAUUGUCGAAAUAGUUGUGCUCA